UCUAAAAUCUAUCCGUGAGACCGUGACUCCCUUCCCCCACCCCUCUGGCCCUCUCCCUUCCCUCGCCUCCGAAGUUCUGUAACGUCCACUUAAGAGGGAAUGCACUAACUCGCGAAUUCAUCCAAUUUCUUCUAACUGCAUUCCUGGAGGACACUUCGAUUUUUCAGUGAUGGGUAGAAAGAAGCAAGCACGUCCCCGACGGUCAGGAGGAAUGUUAGAGGACCUUCAUAGCAAUGGAAGAAAUUUAGAAAAUUCCACUGGUUUUGAAGAUGCAAAAACUGAAGAAAAGUUUAGUGAUUCUAGUGAACCAUUUCUCGUAGAAAUUGAUUGGAGUUCCUAUAACUUGGAUGAGCACCAUGACAUUGCGGAAAUCAUUCUCACAGAUUUGAAGUUCAGUGAAGGGUAUUGUGGCUACAGAUUCGCAGAGGAUUUACGCAAGGGUUCUAAGUUUUCACUUCGUUUUCUGCUGCAGAAUGUAGAAGAGUUCAGUAGUCGUCUUAGGUUAGGUCACUGGCCUGUGAUAUCUGCCGAUUGUAUCUCUUUGGAGUUCUUAGAAACACGUAGGUUGGAGGAUAAGGAAACAAAAUCUGUAAUAUUAACGGGGAGUUUUGAUGGGCCAGAUGAGGGAGUGUCAGGUCUUGUACACUUGGUUAGUCAGAAAAUUUUGAUGCUGAGGUUGGUUAAUGAUCCUGAAGUUGAGGAAGUUUCAUCUCUCAGUGUGAGAGUGGAGAUAUUUAAUAAUGCUUUUGUUACAUGCGACACACUUCUGGAGAACACUAGGCAGCUUUGGAAAAGGAGUAUGAUGAAUGUUAUGGCUUGGUUGCGGCCAGAGGUUAUAACACCAGAAGCUAUAUAUGGUAGUAGUAAAAUGAACCUUGUGGAAUUUAGUACACAUAAAGUGACAGGUUCUGGCAGCUUUGUCUCUAAGAAACGUGCUAGGUUUGAUGCUGCUCAGUUCUAUGAAGCCAUUAAACCAUCCAAACUGGAGCCAAUGUUGGAAGAUGAACUUCAUGAUUUGCUUCCUGAAUUGAGACCAUACCAACGCCGUGCAGUUUAUUGGAUGGUUCAACGAGAGAAGGGGGCUUCUGGAAAUUGGAUCCAAAGUGAUCAAAAUUAUUUCUGUAGCCCCCUCUGUGUACCUGUGGGUUUCCUUGAUACACGUUUGAAAAUGUUUUACAAUCCAUUUAGUGGAGCUGUUUCAUUGCAUCCGGAGCCUUUCUCAUAUGUCCCUGGUGGGAUUCUUGCUGAUGAGAUGGGACUGGGAAAAAGUGUUGAAUUGCUUGCUUGCAUCCUUGCUCAUCGAAAAUUUCCAUCUGAGGAUGAAGUUCCUUUUCACAAUGAAAAACAAGUUACUGGUGGUUGGAGAAAUAGCCUCAAAAGAUUGAAAAGAGAACGUGUUGAGUGCAUAUGCAGAGCUGUAAGUGAAAGCUCUAAAUAUAAAGGAUUAUGGGUACAAUGUGAUAUUUGUGAUGCUUGGCAGCAUGCAGAUUGUGUUGGUUAUGUACCUGUAGGAACGAAUUUAAAAUAUGACAGUUCACAUGUAGAAGGCCACUGUAAGAAUGGAUCUGUAAAGUUACAAAAGCAGUUGAAAAAGAAAGGUGAUACUAAAAUAGUUGAAAUGGAUGGGAGUCAUAUUUGUCAGCCAUGUUCAGAAUUGAUCCAAGCUACUGAAUGUCCUGUUGCUACUGGUGCUACUCUUAUAGUAUGUCCAACACCUAUAUUGCCCCAAUGGCGUGCAGAAAUCAUUCGUCAUACAAACCCAGGUUCUCUCAAAACUUGUGUUUACGAAGGUGUAAGGAAUGCUUCCCCUUCAACUAUGUCUAUAAUGGAUUUAAGUGAAUUCAUCAAUGCUGACAUUGUCUUAACGACAUAUGAAGUCUUGAAAGAAGAUCUGUCGCAUGACUCAGACAGACAUGAAGGAGAUAGACGCUCUAUGAGAUUCCAAAAGAGGUAUCCAGUUGUCCCAACUUUCCUGACAAGAAUAUUCUGGUGGAGAGUUUGCUUGGAUGAAGCUCAGAUGGUGGAGAGUAAUGCCACUGCUGCCACAGAAAUGGCAUUGCGAUUACAUGCCAAGCAUCUAUGGUGUAUUACAGGGACACCUAUACAGAGGAGAUUUGACGAUUUAUAUGGACUUUUGAGAUUUCUUAGAGCAAGCCCUUUUGAUAUCUAUAGGUGGUGGGUUGACGUUAUAAGAGACCCAUAUGAGAGGAGAGAUGCGAAUGCUAUGGAGUUUGCACAUAAGUUUUUUAAGCAAAUUAUGUGGCGUUCAUCCAAAGUACAUGUUGCAGAUGAAUUACAGCUGCCACCACAGGAGGAGUGUGUUUCCUGGCUCUUUUUCUCACCAAUUGAAGCACACUUUUACCAGAGACAGCAUGAAACUUGUGUAAGUUGUGCCCAUGAGGUUAUUGAAAGUUUCAAGGAUGACAUUAAUAAAAGAAAAGCUCUAGAUUCUGAGUCAUUUGAUGCUUCCUGUGAUCUUUUUCUUACCCACACUGAGGCUGCAAAACUGCUGAAUUCACUGUUGAAGCUUCGGCAGGCAUGUUGCCACCCUCAAGUAGGGAGUUCUGGGUUGCGUUCUUUGCAACAAUCUCCUAUGACCAUGGAGGAGAUAUUAGUGGUACUUGUGGGUAAGACCAAGACAGAAGGGGAGGAAGCUCUGAGGAAAUCGGUUGUUGCAUUAAAUGGGCUGGCCGGAAUAGCUAUAAUUGAAAAAGAUCUCUUCCGAGCAGUAUCACUGUACAGAGAAGCACUUUCUUUAGCUAAAGAACACUCAGAUGAUUUCCGCUUGGACCCUUUGCUGAAUCUUCAUAUUCACCAUAAUCUUUCUGAAAUCCUUCCACUAAUCUCAAGUUCGGACAGGAGCCAAUCAGUUGGUGGACAGAGCCUAGAAAACCCUGAAGAGAUGGCCUCAAAAUUGCAUGAAAUUGAUGAUUUUGAACAGUACUCUGCAAAAAGACAAAUAAUAAGCAAGGCUAGCACCUUGGAUUCAACUGGGCAUCUUGAACAUGAAGAGGAACUACUUAAUUUUAGUUCUAACCUGUCAGCAAUUGAUGUUGAAGGGGAGAAAGGUACGGAAAAUGAUGCUCAGUCCUAUGUAUCAUCUAGAUCCUUUAGUGAUGGUUGUUUGAGAAAGACAUGUGAAAAUAUUAAACAGAAGUACCUAUCUGUGUUCAUUUCCAAGCUAUCCUUGGCCCAGCAAGAGUUUAAAAAUUCAUAUAUGGAGGUCUGUGAGGCACUCAGUGAUAGAAAAAAACAACAAAACUUGUGGUGGUUAGAAGCCCUUCAUUACAUUGAGCAGAAAAAGGAUUCCUCAAAUGAGUUGAUUAGAAAGAUAAGAGAGGCUGUCUCUGGGACUUUAAACAGUUCCAAGGCAUCAAGAUUAGCCUCAAGGUUUCGAAGCAUAGAUGGAUUAAAGUAUCUAAUCCAGGGUGGCCUGGACUCCUUGGAAACUUCUAGGCAAGCAGUACUUGAACGACUUUUAGAAGUUGACCAGACAAUGGAAAGACCAAGAGAUGAGGAUAUAGAACGAGUACGAUACUGCCCAAAAUGUGUCAAUGGUGAUGGUCCUCUAUGUGUUCUCUGUGAACUGGACGAGUUAUUUCAGGUAUAUGAGGCAAGGUUAUUUCGUCUUACAAGGGGAGAUGAUGGAGGCAUGAUUGCAUCUGCUGAGGAAGCAGUAGAUUUGCAAAAGAAAAUUUCUGCACGAAACCGAUUCUAUAUGUCUUUGUCAUGUCCGGAUAAAAGUUCAGCUUCAUCCAAUGUUGGAAAUGAAGAGGAUAAAAGGAAGAGGGAUGUCAGGGCAAAAGUAGUGGUUUCAAGAUCUCCUUCUGAAUUGGAGAUUGUCCUUGGGGUUAUAAAGAAUUAUUCCAAAGUUCACUUAGGAAGAGAGGGUAUGUCAGCUGCUACAAAGCAGCUACUUCUUUUCGAGGCAAUGCGGAAGGAAUAUACCCAGGCAAGGUCCUUGGCAACUGUUCAGGCCCAACUACUGCGUGCUCAUGACGAGAUUAAGAUGGCAACUUCUCGAUUGCGCCUGAGAGAAACUGAGAAUGAUGCAUCUGCUCUUGAUGCUUUAAGUUCAGAAGAACUAGUUGCAGCCAAUGUGGAAUUUUCUAAUGAAAAGUUCAUGUCCUUGUCUUUAUUAUCACGUAUAAAAGGGCAACUUCGUUAUCUGAAGGGAUUAGUUAUUUCUAAGAAAAAACCACAAUCGGAGAGCUUUAAUGUUUCAUCCUUUUGUCAAGAUUCAGUUACUUCUCUUCGUGCAAUAGAACAAAGUGAGUGCACAGAUAAAGUCGACGAUGAAGCCUGCCCAAUUUGUCAAGAAAAGCUCAGCAAUCAGAAGAUGGUAUUUCAAUGUGGGCAUGUUACUUGUUGUAAAUGUUUUGUUGCAAUGACUGAGCAAAGGCAAAUUCAUCAUGGAAAAUCUCAGGAUAAAUGGGUUAUGUGUCCAACAUGCCGACAGCAUACUGAUUUUGGGAAUAUUGCAUUUGCCGAUGAUAGACAAAACAAAACAUGUAAUUCUGACAUUCCAAGUGCAUUCCAAGGCCAUGAUAAUCCUGAAGGUGUUAUAAAUGUCCAGGGAUCAUAUGGAACAAAGCUUGAAGCAGUCACAAGGAGAAUCCUGUGGAUCAAAUCUACUGACCCAAAAGCAAAAGUCCUUGUGUUCUCCAGUUGGAAUGAUGUUUUAGAUGUGUUGGAACAUGCUUUGGUUGCUAAUGGCAUCAGUUAUAUCCGGAUGAAAGGAGGCAGGAAAUCGCAUGCUGCCAUCUCACAGUUCAAGGGCCAGAACCGUAAUGUGGAAGGAAUUGGCAAAAUACAUGAUCAGCAGGGAGAACCUAAAUCCAUUCAAGUAUUAUUGCUCUUAAUCCAACAUGGAGCUAAUGGUCUUAAUUUAUUGGAAGCACAACAUGUUGUUCUUGUAGAGCCACUGCUCAAUCCAGCAGCAGAAGCACAAGCAAUCAACCGGGUCCACCGGAUUGGACAAGAGAAGAGGACACUUGUUCAUCGUUUUAUAGUGAAAGAUACUGUUGAAGAGAGCAUCUACAAAUUGAACAGAGGCAGGACAGGCAAUUUUGUCAUUAGUGGAAACACUAAAAAUCAAGAUCAACCAGUUCUGACGCUCAAAGAUGUAGAGUCCCUCUUCUCAACAUCGCUGCAUACAAUGCCACUUGAAAACAAUAAUGAGCCAAGAGGAAGUUUAAUGCAUUUGCCUCCUGCGGUAGCUGCUGCUCUGGCUGCUGAGAGGAGAUUGAGAGAACGUUCAACAUAAUUUAUCAGGAACCUGAAGUUGGUUGUAUCCUCCAAGUAAGCUUGAGAUCAUCAAGGGCACGGAUAGAUAUAGGGUCUUGCUCAUGGUUAUGUACAUUGUUUCAGCAACACCCAAUGCAGGUGGUUCUUAUGUGCAGAAUUCUAGAUUUUCACCUGAUCGGGUAUUUAACUAUUUCUUCAUAAAUCAAUUUAUUCAUGUAAAUGUGGAUGUGCUAACUCUAUUUAUAUAGUGAUUUCAAUUUCAUAAAUUAACAAGCAAUAAGUCAUCAUUGUAAUAAUUUUAUUCAAUGUUAAUAUAUUUUUUCUUGGCCCUUAUUUCUCAUCAGG